AUGCGCGCUCUCCGCCUUCUGGCCCUGCUGCCCUUCGCAUCAGCCGCCCACCUGCACGCCGCGCGCUCCUCUACAACCGCCUGCAACAACUCUCCAGCGCUAUGCUCCAAGUCCUACGGCGAGAUUACGCAUCUCGGCGCUCAUGACAGCCCCUUUGUGUACGGCUCGGCGACGGGCGACUCAUUGGCAGCCAACCAAUACUACAACACCACAACACAGCUCGAUGCCGGCGUCCGACUGGUCACGGCGCAGGUGCACAAUAGUAAUGGCGAGUGGCGUUUGUGCCAUACCCUCUGUGAGCUGAUGGAUGCUGGGCUGUUGAGCACUUGGCUGGGGAAUAUUAAGACGUGGUUGGAUGGUAAUCCGAACGAUGUGGUCACCGUGUUGCUGGUCAACUCGGACAGUGCAACCGCAUCGGAACUGAACGCUCAGUUCCAAACAGCCAAUAUCACCGACUACGCGUACGUGCCCCAGUCGUCGAGCUCCGCGCCAUCCUCUUGGCCCACACUGCAGGAGAUGAUCAACGAUGGCAAGCGGCUAGUGACCUUCGUUGCAUCGAUCGACGCCUCCGAGGAAGCGCCGUACCUGAUGGACGAGUGGACGUAUCUUUGGGAGACCCCAUACGACGUCUCGACGCCGACGAAUUACUCGUGCGUGCCGAACCGCCCCCCUGCCGUGGCGGGCGACACCUCUACCGCGCUGUCGUCGGAUCGGCUCCCGCUGAUGAACCACUUCCUCUACUCUGAGGGCCUCUCGUUCAUUGGGGUCGAGUAUCCGAAUGCGAGCUACGUGUCCACGACGAAUGCGCCGUCCGGUGGCGUGGGGAAUCUGGGCAGCGCAGCGACCAAGUGUAAGAGUGCCUGGGGUGGGCGCCAGCCGACUUUUAUUCUAGUUGAUUUCUUCAACCAAGGCCCGGCUAUCGAUACCGUCGACAGCCUGAACAACGUUACCAACGCUGUUGGCCGUUCUUCGGUUUCGGCGUCUAGCUCCACACAAUCCAACGCCGGUUCGACGAAGAGUAACGUGUUCACGGCCCUGGUGCACCUGGCCAACUCCGCUCGCUCGGGCGCCACCCCGUCCAUUGGCAAUUGGGUCUGGGUUGGCGGGAACUGGGGGAAUCUUCACGGUGGAGGGAUCCCCUUUUAG